UGUCAUAUAAAUGUCAUCGCAAAGAUGAACUGAUGAAGGAUGAAGGAGUAGUAGGUAAAUAUGAGCAAAUAGUAAAAUGUUAUCUAUACGUUGUGCAAGUAAGAAGAGGCACCUAUGGCAUGUUGUGAGGAAAACGAGCACAACACCAGACAAUAAGUCGGUGCUACCACCGAAUCCUCAGAAAAUAUCUACUGAUAUGGUAGGACCCCCAGAUCCUGUUUCUAACUUGAGAAGAAUUGUUUUUAAACAACCAGCGAAUGAAGGACAAUUAGAGAAAAAAUAUAGAGAGCUUAGAGCUGAAGUUCAAGAUUGGAAUCAAGAAUUUUGGACGCAACACAAUUCGAGAUUUUUUAAGGAAAGAGAAAAUUACUUGAAGAAUAACCUUCCAGAAGGAAAAAGUAGCUUAACAGCAGAUGAAAUGAGUGUAUUUUACAAAGCAUUUCUAGACAAGAAUUGGAAAACUCACAUAAACUAUAACAUUGAAUGGUACAAGAAGAAUAUUACAUUAUUAGGUCUAUCCAUAAGAGUUAAACUUAGACGAAUUUUUAGAAUAAAAGAUAAAUAGUUA